UCCAGGGGGUGCCCACGAGUGGCUGCCGCCGCGCUUUGAGCGGGCGGUCGAGCGAGCGGGAAGCUGCCGCGGGAAGGUGACGGCCCAGCGCCGAAGGGGGUCCCCGAAGGGGCUCUGCGGCGCCUCCCGUUCCCUGGCUGGGAUCUCCUGGCCCAGGGUUAGGCUUAGGGAGGCUCCUUCCCGUUUCUUGCGGUGGGAGUGAGCCGGGGAGGGUCUGCGUGCAGAGCGCGGCCUCUUCUUCCUUCUCGCCCCGCUGGGGCCUUUGGGCUCCCAGGACCUGUUGCCCGGAGAACCUGGGUGUUGACCCCUCCUGGGGACAAAGCGGGUCGUUUAGAUAUUUUGCUCACUUGUGGUGGCAGCCCCCCUGCCCAUUCUUGUGCUGGGAUGUAUAAAGCACCUGAUGCUGCUCUUCAUUCACACUCGAGCCAGAGAUCUGGUUGGAGCCAGGACAGAAACGUGCAUAAACAUUGUCCGAGUAGCACCUCUUAGGAGUUGGGCUAGAGGAGACCCUGAGGGGUUGCAUGAUGGAGGCGGAGCUGCCUCAUGAAAAUCAGGACGCUCCGGAGCAGGACCAGCCAGCUAGCAGCGACAGGGAAGUGGGAGGGGCUUCUGAGCCUACUGCUAAGGAGUUGACGUUAAAUGGGGGACAAGAGGAGGCUGGAGAGAGCAUCUCUGGACCAGAAGCCCUUGGAGAAGAGCCCCGGUUGGAGGGUGCAACGCCACAUCCGGAGGAAGAAGUGAGGGACGAAGGAGGGGAAGCAGCACUCGGAGGCGGUGAAUAUUAUUACCCCACAUAUGAUUUCUCGCAGCCCCCCCAGCUUCUGACGGGCUCCUGGGCAGAGUACAGUCGCACCCCAGAGAACUUCUUGAAAGGCUGCAAGUGGGCUCCGGAUGGGACUUGCCUGCUCACCAACAGCGCUGACAACAGCCUGCGAAUUUACAACCUUCCUCCUGAGCUGUAUGCUAAUGAGUGGGGGCCGAUUGGGGAAAUGAGCCCCGUGCUGCACAUGGCCGAAGGAGACACUGUCUAUGACUACUGCUGGUUCCCGCUCAUGAACUCGGCUGACCCGCAGGCUUGUUUUGUGGCCAGCAGCAGCCGCGAUAAUCCCAUCCACAUCUGGGAUGCUUUCUGUGGAGACCUGCGGGCCACCUUCCGCUCUUACAACCACCUUGACGAGUUGACUGCCGCCCACGCAUUGAGCUUCACCCCAGACGGCUCCCAGCUUUUCUGCGGCUUCGACAAGACGGUGCGAGUGUUUGAGACGUCACGCCCGGGCCGGGAAUGUGAGAUCAGGCCCACAUUUGCAAAGAAGCAGGGGCAGAGCGGGAUAAUUUCGUGUAUCGCCUUCAGCCCCACUCAGCCGGUCUAUGCCUGCGCCUCCUACUUGAAGACAGUCGGCCUCUACUCCCGGGCAGAGGGAGACCCCCUUGCCUUGCUACAUGGGCACCGGGGAGGGGUCACUCAUGCCCUUUUCUCCCCCGAGGGCUUCUGCCUCUACACCGGAGGCCGAAAGCCUGGGAGAGGCAGUGUCUUGGGGCCUUGCCAAGUGGGGGCUUUGGCUUGUCUCUCCGUGCCGUGGCUGUCCCCCUCUGUUCAGUGGAGCAGGCGAGGACUUCUGGGGCCAGGGAUGAGCCUCGUGCCCUUCCCCCAGGACUCAGAGAUCCUCUGCUGGGACCUCCGGCAGCCGGGCGAGAUCCUCUUCUCCGUGAGCCGAAUGGUGGCCACCAACCAAAGACUCUACUUUGACUUGGAUCCGAGCGGGAGGUUCUUGCUGAGCGGAGACACGGAAGGGCUGAUAACCAUCUGGGACACCUCCCAGCCUCCAAGCAGCACCCCUCGCCCUGUCCUGCAGCCCACCCUCCAGUUCCAGGCCCUGAGAGACUGUGUCAACGGCAUCAGCCUCCACCCCAGCCUACCUCUGCUGGCCACUGCCUCUGGCCAACGCAAAUUUCCUGACCUGUGGGACAGCGGGGACGAAAAGGAGGAGGAGGAGAAGGAAGGGGGCCGCCUGCCCAGCUGCCCUCAGGCCCAUGGGAGCAACUCUCUCAUGUUGUGGUUCUGUUCCUCGGCUGCCUCAGCAAGUCCAUCACAAACCGUCGAGUGACCGGCUGCUUCUUGGACUGGAGCUGUGGAGUCUUGAGGCCGGACAAGCGUCUUCUCAGGAGUUGGGGGGGGAGUUGUGCUCACAGAGCCGUGUAGUGCGAGGGAGUGUCCCAGGCGGGGUCGGUCUGUGCCCGUGGAAGUGGCAUGUGUGUGUUCAUGAAGUUUACCAGUGAGUGAGUGAGUGAGUGAGCGUGUGUGUGUGUGUGUGUGUGAGAGAGAGAGAGAGAGAGAGAGAGAUCAAACAGUGGAAUUUGUUUACUUUGUGAGAAAUACCAAACUUUAGGAUGUUGGUAUUUUGAGGCGCCCUGUUGUGGGGAGAGGGGCGCCUCUCGUGAUAUGUGCACCUACCAAGAUGGGAGCAAGAAAGCUGUGGGUUCUGUUGUAUUCCAGGAGGAACAAUGCCUGGGGGGAGGGAUGGCUGCAGACCCCCACGUCCAUUGAGAGCUUCCUCCUCCAACUUUCAUGGCAGCCUUGCUUCCUUAACUGGUCUGGAAUAAAGGGGCAGACAUGGCGGCCUCAGCUUUUCCAGCUGAGAACCUUCGUCCGUGGCUUGAAUCACCCACAGCCACUGGCUCCCUGAAGUCCUCAUCAGAGAGAGCUCUGGCAGUGCCAGGGGGGAGGGGCAGGCAAUGCAUUUGGAUCUGGGAGUGUGCAGCAGGAAGGGGGGGGCGAGAGGCCCCACAUGAAUGGGGAGGUCUCCUUUUAAAAAAAAAAAUGAAAAAGGAAGAUGAUUGUUUCAGAGUUUUUAUGGUUCUUUUCUGCCAUGUAAACCUUUCUCUAUUUCACUGGCUCUCCAGACAGGUGGAUGUUGGUACAGCCUGGCGUGGGGAGGGCAGGCAGGGGCUUCUGGAUGGGUAUUCUGGGUAUUACAUUCUUUGCUAACUUUUUUUUUUGAGUAGUAGAAUACAACCUUUUGCCAAUCAGUAAACGUUGCAGAUGUUUAAUAAAAGUUUAUUACGUUGUA